CCGGGCGCGCGUCCUCUUCCACCAGAUGCUCGAGCUGGGAAGGGAGCUGCUCCAGUGGAUCGACGAGCACAUGGACGCGGCGACGCGCGAGCAGCUGCGCACCAACAACGUGACCCGGCUGGCGGAGACGCUGGACCCCACAAACACGAUGAUGCGGAUCCUGCGGUACCCGCCGUAUGACCCUGAGCUCGCCGCGCCGGGUGCCACCCGCGCCUCUGCGCACGAGGACAUCAACCUGAUCACGCUGCUGCCGUCCGGCUCGGCGAGAGGGCUCGAGCUGAGGGACCACAGGACGGGCGAGUGGCGCGAGGUGCCCCUCGUGCCGGAGGCGCUCAUCAUCAACAUCGGCGACAUGCUCGAGCAGAUGUCCAACGGCGAGUACCGCGCAACCUCACACCGCGUUGUUGUGCCCGCGGACGAGGACGUGAGCUCUGACCGGAUGAGCAUCCCCACGUUCCUGCACCCCUUCUCUUCGACGUACCUCUCGCCAAAGUACGCCACAGCGGACGCGUUCCUCACCGAGCGCCUGAUCGAGCUCGGGGUCCUCACACCGGAACAGGUUGCGGAGAAGAAGCGCCAGGCGGUUGCUGCGGAGAUCUAGCUAGGGCCGGCCGCGCCGUGUGAGACGUGAUUAGCUUAGGGUCCGUGCCAGUGCGCGCCAGUCCCGUGCCCAAUGCUGUGCGAGAGUUCUGUGGGGAGAAGGCCAGGCCGUUUCUUUUUUGCACAACACGGCGCACGUGGUGUA